UAAAAUAUACAUAUAUAUAUAAAAGAAAAUACAAAAAAAAUAUAAGUAACAAAUUGCAUUUUUAAAUAUUUUUUAAAGGACGAUUUAAAUUGAAAAUAAAAAAUAAAUUAAUUUAUCAUAAAUUUUAAAAUUGUUGAUUAAAUAGAAAAGAUAUAUAUUUUAAUAUAAUAAUUUGAUAUAAAUAUGAAUUCAACUGUACAUCGAUCACCGCAGCCAUCACCAGAUCCAGCUGUUGAAGAAGAUGGGAGUUCAAAACGACAAGCAACAAGAGUAUUUAAAAAGAGUUCUUCAAAUGGAAAAAUAACAGUUUAUUUAGGUAAAAGAGACUUUGUUGAUCACAUAACACACGUUGAUCCAAUCGAUGGUGUUGUUUUAAUAGAUCCAGAAUACGUUAAAGAUCGUAAAGUGUUUGGUAAUGUAUUAGCGGCAUUUCGUUAUGGUAGAGAAGAUUUAGAUGUUUUAGGUUUAACAUUCCGUAAAGAUUUAUAUUUGGCCCAUGAACAAAUAUUUCCGCCAUUAAGCGGUAAUGAUAGACCGUUAACAAGAUUACAGGAGCGUUUAAUAAAAAAAUUGGGACCAAAUGCAUAUCCAUUUUAUUUUGAAUUACCACCACAUUGUCCAGCGUCAGUAUCUUUACAACCGGCACCUGGUGAUACAGGUAAACCAUGUGGUGUUGAUUAUGAAUUAAAGGCAUUUGUUGGUGAACGCAUUGAAGACAAACCACAUAAAAGAAAUUCAGUUCGAUUAGCUAUUAGAAAAAUAAUGUAUGCCCCAUCAAAAUUAGGGGAGCAACCAUCCAUUGAAGUUAGUAAAGAAUUUAUAAUGAAACCAAAUAAAAUUCAUUUAGAAGCAAGUUUGGAUAAAGAGCUUUAUCAUCAUGGAGAAACAAUAUCGGUUAAUGUUCAUAUCGCAAAUAAUUCGAAUAGAACUGUUAAAAAAAUUAAAGUUUUUGUAAGACAAUUUGCUGAUAUUUGUCUUUUUUCAACAGCACAAUAUAAAUGUAUUGUGGCUGAAACUGAAUCUGAGGAUGGAUUACAAAUUCAACCGGGUUUUACAGUUUCUAAAGUAUUUGAACUAACACCUUUGUUAGCAAAUAACAAAGAUAAAUGGGGUCUUGCUUUAGAUGGUCAGUUAAAGCAUGAGGAUACGAAUUUAGCCUCAAGCACAUUAAUAACAGAUCCCGCACAAAGGGAAAGUCUUGGAAUUAUUGUGCAAUAUAAAGUUAAAGUAAAACUUUUUAUAAGUGGACCCAUAUUUCAAGGUGAUCUAGUCGCUGAAUUACCAUUUAUUUUGAUGCAUCCUAAACCUGAAGAAGAGGACAUAAAUCCGAUAUUAUCAGAUCGUUCUUCAAGACAGAGUGUAGAUAGACAAAGUGGUUCACAAGAUACAGGCGAAGUCCCAACUCAAAACUUGAUACAACUUGAUGGUGAUGAUCCUGGUCAAGAUGAUGAUAUUAUAUUUGAAGAUUUUGCAAGACUGCGAUUAAAAGGUGCAGAAACAGAAGCCUAGGAUUCAAUUUAAUUUAACUAUUGAAAAAACAAAUAAAAAAAACUAUUACAAAAUUUAUAUUUAAUUAAUAUGAUAAAAUAUUUUCCUUUAAUUUUAAAAGUAUGUAACACGAAUAAAAAAAAGAAAAAUAAGAAAAAAAAAACGCCUAAGCACAUUUGCUUUUUAUUUUUUUGUCAACACAAAAAAAACUAGAUUUUCAUUAUACUUUUGGUUUAGUUGAACUUAUUAAAACUUUUUCAUAAGUUUGGAAUAAGUUGUACACAGACGUAAAAUCUAAAACGGAAGGAAUAAUGAAAAAUUGAUUUCAAAAUUUUAAAGCGCAACAAUUUUUUUUUGUUUCCUAAUUUUAUAUCCUUUUUUUAUUUUAAUGUAAACGAAAAUUAAAUAGGAAUUUUUAACAAAAAAAAAAGGAAAAAUUAUUAAAAUGUUAUACAAAAAUGUAUUAUAAAUUUAAUAAUCUUUCAUGUA